AGGCGGGGCUUAUGCCGCCAUGUUGUUCCGGGGCGGAAGGCGCCGGGGGCGGUCCGUUAACGGGAGGCGAGGCUGGCUCAGGGGCCAUCUUUGUUGAGGGCAAGGCGAGCGGUUUGACCCCGCGGUGUCCGAGGCGCUGCCCGGGUGUGAUGUUCCCUGCCCUGUACCAUCUCCGCCUGGGCGCCCGCCCAACACCCGGUGCCACGAGGGCAGCUGGCUCUGCACGGGGGUACCUGUCCCAGGAGAACGAGCAGCGGUGCCGAGGGCUGCUGGAGGCCUCCACCAGACGUUACCGGCAGGAGGCAGUGGCAGCGGCUGUGCUGGUGACGCUGUGUUCUGUGGGCGGGUACCCUGCGCUGCUGUACACGCUGCGCUCCAGCACGCUGACGGGCCAGCACAAGGGAGAUGUCAGUUUCCCAGGCGGCAAGUGCGACAGCACCGACCAGGAUGUGAUCGCCACAGCGCUGAGGGAGACGCAGGAAGAGCUGGGCCUGCACCUGGGGGCUGAGAGCGUCUGGGGGGUCAUGAGACCCCUACCCACCAGGAGGGCACUGACUGUUGCUCCUGUCCUGGCACAUCUGGGCCCCUUGGAGUGUGUGUGUCUGAGCCCCAACCCACAGGAGGUUGAGGAUGUUUUCACCAUCCCCCUGUCUCACCUGCUGCAGGCCCAGAACCAGGGUUACACCCACUUCCGCCACCAGGGCCGCUACAGCUACACGCUGCCCGUCUUCCUCAACGGCCGCUACCGCGUGUGGGGGCUGACGGCCAUCAUCACGGACCUCACGCUGGAGCUGCUGGCGCCCAGCGCCUACCGCCGGAGAACACGCCCACCCAGCCCCCGCUGAGUCCCCAGCCCACCUGCGCCAUGGCCUGCCCCGGCCCUGUGGCAUGGACAGAGCCAGCUGGCCGGGCUGGGUGAGGUCUCCCCAGAGGCAGAGAGAGCCAGCGGGGCAGCCUGGGCGAGUGUCCCCCCACCUCACGGGCAGGAAGAAUAAGGGGGGCAGGCUGGGUGUGCCCCUCCCAGAGGCAUGGGACAGAACUGAGGGGGUGACCCCAGGAGGGAAUCCCCAACCCGUGGUAACGCUGGGGGGAGUUCCUUGGUGUCGGGAGGGGGGGAUGCUGACGAGACCUGCGUGAGCCGUGAUGCUGGCACCUGCUGUAUUUCACGUGGGGCCUACACAUAAACAAACCUCCCUGAGCUCAGUGUGCAUCUCAGUGCUGGGGCAGGGGGGGCGCCCAGGGGCAGGUGCUGCCCCCUGCUGGGUCUCAGGAGACACCAACAGGAACUCAUGAACAGCCCCCUUCACCCCACCCCUGCCAGCAAUGGGGGCUGGUGCCAGCAGCAAAGACUGGGGGAACCCCUGGUGCCCCAGCCUGGCCCCCCUCCCACCCACAUGUGGGCCCCAGCCAGGCCCUCUGGGGCCAGUCCUUACCUCUCCCACCAGACACUGUGGGUGCCCCACCCACACCCACCGCAUGCACUCCCCCACACCCACUGCCCCCGCUCUUCCCCCCCGACACACAUGCUCGCAGUGCUGCUCCCCAACCACACACCCUGCCCUCCCCCAGCACUGCAACCUGUUCACUAGGGUCCGGUUUGGAUGAAAUGAGGUCCAAUCUGACCACCACCUGCUGCCCUUGGGGUUGGCACAGCAGCAGCCGCCUGCCAGUCGCUGCUGCACUGCGUGUGCUGCAGAGUGAGUGUGCCGAUGAGUCGCAGCACCUCGCUGCUGCACAGCUAGGCAGGAGCGGGACACGGCCGCUGCCACACCGAGCUCCCAGGCAGGAGGCAGCGUAGACAGAUCACAGACACGGUCUGGGGACAGGAAGCCCCCAGGACAAGGAGGCAGCAGCAGCAGCGCUGGCUCAGGCUUGGGGAAGUGUCGGUUUGGGCUUUCAAAUGAGACCCAAGCAGAGCUCAGCUGGUACCAGAUCACCCCCAAGAACAGCCAGACCGCCACAGCUGUAGGGGAACCCAACCUGCCGCUCUCCUGGCAGGGAGGGGGCGGCCGCGUGAGGGAUGGCAGCUUGUGGCUCAGCACCCAGCUGUUCCCUGGCGUUACACAGAUGCACGUUCACACAGGUAGGAGAUACCAGCUGCCACCACAGCACGUUUAUUGGGGAGCUCACCCAGCGGGGGAGGGUGAGGAGACAGUACAGCCAGGGGGGUCUCCCCCUCAUGCAAGAGAAACCCC